AUGGCGGCCCCGGGGCGGGUGAGCAGUAGCACCGGUCCUCGCGAGGAACCGGCUGGCUCUACAGAGUCGUCGGAUGCUACCCGGACGCCAGUGCCCACCGUGUCCCCCGUAUCCCCCGAGCUACCCGUCUCGCCCGGACAGGGUGCGGAGCCGCUGGGCAAGAACCUGUGGGAGCAGAUCUGCGAGGAGUAUGAAGCUGAGCUGCCUCCCUUUCCAGAGGGAUGUAAAGUCAAACCAGAAGGUAGGAUUACUGUUUCACCAUUGGAGGAAACGAUUUUCCAUGGCUUCAAUACAGAGCACCUUUAUUCAACUCCUCAUUUGACCACGGACUCACAUGUACCCUGUCCUCAAGUUAAGUUGGAAAAAAUCCAUCCAAAAACAUGUUCCCCCAAGGAAUAUUUGGAAACAUUCAUCUUUCCAGUUCUGCUUCCUGGAAUGGCUAGCCUGCUUCACCAAGCAAAGAAAGAAAAAUGUUUUGAGAGAAAAAGAACCAAAUUCAUUGCCUGUGAUUUUCUGACUGAGUGGUUAUACAAUCAAAAUCCAAAGAGGAUAGGGGAGUCUUUCACGGAAUUCUUCUCCAUUCCAUUUGUGGAGCAGUGGCUGAAGCAUCACCCACGGCCGGCAAUGCCACUCUCCCUCCUGCUGACAGAAGGAGAGGCAGCGCUGAUCAUUCAGUCCUUCUGGAGAGCCUAUCUGGUUCGGUGUGAUCCUGAGAUUCAAGAAUUGCGUCAGUGGCAGAAGAAACUGCGUGAAGACAACCACAUUCACCAGCAAGUCAAGAUUUUCUGGGCCAAACAAGAACAGAAAGUGAAAUGCAAAAUGGAGAAAGAGGAGGAGGCCUGAGCUAAGACUCCACCACCUUAUUUAGCCACUGGUGGGAUCUUUUCCCUUCGGAGCUUCAGUGACCCUCUGUGAGGAAAAUGUACGAAUUAUGCUUCCUCUCUGUUAACUUUCUUAAUGACUACAUUUGGUACAUGUGAAUACAGAAUCUUUUCUGCAGAAGAUAGCA